AUGCUGAUAACCAGGAUAUACGACAUGACUUAUCGGGCAUUUUCACUUGUUCUUGCUUUUUUAAGCUUCUCAACCGUCUGCAGCAGGACAGCAGGUGUCCACUUACGCAACAUGGAGAGCUUCAUCCAAGCUGUGCAGCAGGUUGAAGACUUCUACCCUGGUCUGUCACCUCUGGCUCUGGUUAGAGCUCUGCGGAGGACCGCCGGCCAUGACGAUCCGAUGACCAUCCAUUUCCUGGGAGCGUCAUAUAACCUGAGUGAAACAGAAGGCUUAGAGGGACGCAUCCUAAAUACCACAUCCUUCAGCUUCUUUGACAAGGCUAUCCACCACAUAGUGACUGACCAUGGAGAGGAGAGGGGGGUGGUCCUUGCUCCUGAUGGCACCACAGUCGCUCUGGCUCCUCUACUUUUAGGGAUUGAAUCGGGACUGAAAGCCAAGAUGGAGGGAACGGAAGCUCUUGGGAUCUUCGCUUUAACCCUUGGCAGGACGCUGGGCCUGUCAUUCCUCAGCCUCCAGGACAUCCCACCAUCUCUGCGUCUGGGGCCCAACGGCUGCUGGGACAGCGUGGAGCAGCCGAAGGUGUUUAAGCUGUCUCGUCCUGCUACUCUUGCCACUGACGCUCUAAUCAACGGUGGCAUGGAUGGAGUUAUACUGGGCAUGCACCUCAGCAACUUACCGGCAUCUGAGGAGCCCCCGGCCCUCAGCGAGCUCCUAACAGGGUACUAUAAUUUCACUCUGACUGAGAAACAGGGCAUUGAUGCUGUGACCGCUCACAUUAGUCCACGGAGAAGGGAGCUUUCAAGGUCACUGCUGGAGCCGCUCGACCUCCACACGUCAGUGAUGACGACGCUAGCGUUGGUCUGGAAGCUGGAGAACACAGAAUGGAUUGCUCAGGACACUGGUCUGGAGAAGGUGGUGCAGGAUGGAUUGCAGACGUUUACGCACAAAUACUUUGAUUGUCCUCAGAUCAUCCCUCGCUGUCAGUGGGGAGCAAAAGCUCACAAGAAUAUUCCCAUUCCUCUCUCUCUCCCCCUUGGGUUUCUCUACAUUCACCAUACCUAUCAGCCUUCAUCGCCAUGUUUGUCCUUCCCAUCUUGCUCCCGUAACAUGAGGUCCAUGCAACGUUUUCACCAAGAAGAUCGAGGAUGGAACGACAUUGGCUAUAGUUUCGUAGUUGGAUCCGAUGGUUACAUCUACGAAGGAAAGGGGUGGAGCCACGUCGGCACACACACCAGGGGACACAACGCUGUCGGCUACGGCGUGUCAAUCAUCGGAAACUACACGGCCGCGCUGCCUUCUCGCUACGCCAUGGACCUGCUGCGUCAUCGGUUGGUGCGAUGUGCUGUGAACGGAGGAGCCCUGACAGCUAACUUCACCAUCCAAGGCCACAGACAGGUGGUGAACUACACCUCCUGUCCUGGAGACGCCUUGUUUUCAGAGAUAAGAAGCUGGGAACAUUUUAGGGAAUGA